AUGAGCAAACGUGUGAUCUUAGCUGAAAAGUUGACGUGGCUGCAAAGUUGUUUGGCAUCAAGUUAUUAAAAGGCGUAUGAAAACGUGAUAUAUUUUGGGGAAUUAAUUUGUGAAACAGACGGCAGUAUGAUUUCUUCAAAUCUGUUUGUAUUGUGUCUCUUAUUGCUAUCAGUUUUUGUUGGAUGCGACGAGCACAAUCACAUAUACGAGGAUAAUGAAGAAGUCGUCUUGUGGGUGAAUACGGUUGGUCCCUAUCAUAAUCGUCAAGAGACCUAUCUGUACUUUUCUCUGCCAUUCUGCAGUGGCCCCAAAGAAACUAUCAGCCACUAUCAUGAAACUUUGGGUGAAGCAUUGCAAGGUGUGGAACUUGAGCCAAGUGGUAUUCCAAUUGACUUUAAAGGAUCUAUAUCUACAACUCCAUACUGUGAAGUAGGGCUGACUGAGGAAAAGCUAAAAGCUUUUACAUAUGCUGUUAAAAAUCAUUACUGGUAUCAAAUGUAUCUUGAUGAUCUACCCAUAUGGGGGGUGGUUGGUGAAAUUGGUGAAAACAAUGAACAUUUCAUCUUUACCCACAAAAAAUUUGAAAUUGGAUUCAAUGGAAAACAAAUUGUGGAUGUUAAUCUGACAUCAGAAAACAAAGUUAAGCUUGAAAAUGGUGCUGUGAUUUCAUUUACAUAUGAAGUUAGCUGGAAGAGCUCUGCAGUAAAAUUUGAAGAUCGCUUUGACAAAUACCUUGAUCCAAACUUCUUUCAACACAGAAUCCACUGGUUCAGUAUUUUCAAUAGUUUUAUGAUGGUCAUAUUUUUGGUUGGUCUUGUCUCGAUGAUCUUGAUGCGAACGUUGAGGAAAGACUAUGCCAGAUACAACAAGGACGAAGAAAUGGAUGAUAUGGAACGGGAUUUAGGAGAUGAGUACGGUUGGAAGCAGGUACAUGGCGAUGUUUUCCGACCAUCGGCUCAUGCUACGUUUUUUUCGGCUCUUAUUGGCAGUGGUUAUCAUAUUACCGUUGUUACCAUAAGCGUUAUCCUUUUGACGAUUGUCGGUGAAUUAUACACCGAACGUGGCUCGUUGAUCAGUACAGGAAUUUUCGUAUAUGCCGCCACGUCACCUGUCAAUGGCUACUUUGGUGGCAGCUUGUACGCACGCAUGGGUGGGAAGCGAUGGAUCCGACAAAUGCUUGUUUCCGCAUUUCUUGUCCCAUCUGUUGUCUGUGGAACAGAGUUUUGCAUCAAUUUUAUCGCCAUUUAUUAUCAUGCCUCAAGGGCCAUCCCAUUCGGAUCUAUGGUUGCCAUCACUUGUAUAUGCUUGUUUAUCGUCCUUCCUUUGACACUGGUGGGAACGGUAUUAGGUCGAAAUUUAUCCGGCCAACCAGAUUAUCCUUGCCGUGUCAAUGCCGUCCCUCGUCCAAUCCCAGAGAAAAAAUGGUUCAUGGAACCUGCAGUAAUUGUUGCACUCGGUGGCAUUCUUCCAUUUGGAUCUAUCUUCAUUGAAAUGUACUUUAUUUUUACAUCGUUUUGGGCCUACAAGAUCUACUAUGUCUACGGCUUCAUGCUUCUCGUCGUUUUGAUUCUAAUCGUAGUCACCGUGUGCGUCACUAUUGUAUGCACUUAUUUCUUGCUCAAUGCUGAAGACUACCGAUGGCAGUGGACUAGUUUUUUGGCAGCAGCCUCAACCUCUGGCUAUGUCUACAUGUAUGCCAUCUACUAUUUCUUCUUUAAAACCAAGAUGUAUGGAUUGUUCCAAACUGCUUUUUACUUUGGUUAUAUGGCACUUUUUAGCCUUGGUUUAGGCGUCCUCUGUGGAACUGUUGGAUACAUAGGCUCCAGUCUCUUCGUGAGGAAAAUUUAUUCUACUGUCAAGAUCGAUUAAAUUAACUGGAUAUGAGCGAAGUGUUUUCUGCAUGGCUGGAUCGCCCUGUAUAGAUCCCUAUGGCACAACUCGCUUUCUGAUUGUUAUUUGGUUCUUCUUUCAUCCUUAAAAGAAAUUAAUUUCUAAAUCGUUUUAGUUUCUCAUCUGUCUCAUUGUUCACCGACCAGUUCAGACACAUUACGUGUCCCAGCCAUGUGGAUUUAUGUCUCAUAUUUUAAAAUUAAUGAAUUACAAACAAUUCCGAUCCGGGCGGUUAAUAGUUGUUAAGAUGGAAACACUGCAUUGGCUGGGUCAAUAUAUGUCUAUUAUUAAGUAAAAAGUGUCAAAACCCUUCUCCAUAAAAUGUAUUAUUGUUCAAAUAAAUUUGUUUUGAUCAAUCAAA